AUGAUUAAGCAUGUCGCAAAAGAAGAGCAUCUAGCCCCGAUUCAAGUGGCUGUUCGUACCGCGAUAGCUAAUGUAUCGUCAAGCACGCUCGCUAGGUGGAACCCAGAUAUACCACUCGAUCUGUAUGUACAUUUCACAGAGGGAGGGGGAGUAGGGGCACUAGCCCAGGGGCCCCCUGAAAAAGCUCAACCAAUACAAUGGAUAGUCCUGGGAAAACCGUCACGUGCAUUCUCUCCAGGAGUCGAGUGCCUUGGUAACCUCAUCAUGAAAGGCAGAAAACUCGCCCUAAGACACCUGGGCAUCGAACCUGCCAAAAUAUACCUACCCUUCCGCAAACAGCUCCCAACGCAAUCAGUGACGAGGUCAGAGUAUCUAGCCAUAGCCCUGGUCGGAUUUGGUGGAGAAGUCCGGUACGCCACAAAGCCCCCCUGGACUCAAAUGCUAGCAAUUGUUGACAUCGACCUUCCACGAAAAAUUAUAGACCGACCCCAAUGGGGACCAACAGUCUUUACAGAUGCAUCGUCAACGACCUCAACCGCGGCAGCAGUAUGGCAAUCGGGAGAAAAGUGGCAUUGCAUCAAAAUGACCGACCAUACGCUUUCCGUUCAGCAGCUAGAAGCGACGGCCAUAGUACUAGCGUGUGGACUAUUCCCAAUGGAACACCUCAACAUAGUGACUGAUUCGAUGUUUGUGACCAAGCUCUGCUUGGCCAUGUCGGGGCCCGGCGUGUCAACAUCCACAGCAGCUCUAAUGCUGGAAGAAGCACUUUUUUCCCGAAAGGGCACCAUAUCAGUCAUCCACGUCAACAGCCACGACCCAAUCAAAGGGUUUUUUCAAACCGGUAAUGACAAAGCAGACACCGCUGCAAAAGGAUUGUGGACACUAAGAGAUGCCCGUCAGCUACACGAGUCCCUCCACAUUGGAGCUAAAGCACUGGCAAAGAGAUGUGGGAUUUCAACCACUGACGCGAAACACAUAGUAGCUACGUGUCCCCAUUGUCAAAAAGCACCACUGUGGUCCAGUGGAGUCAAUCCCAGAGGUCUUAAGGCCUCCGAGGUGUGGCAGACGGAUUUCACGCUCUGUCAAUUGCUAAAACCUCGAGCGUGGCUAGCGGUAACUGUAGACACAUAUAGCGGAGUGAUCGUAGCUACACAACACCUUAAAACCGACUCCAAAGCGACCAUCCAACAUUGGCUGAUGGCCAUGGCGUGGCUUGGCAUCCCUAAUCAAAUCAAAACAGACAAUGGUCCGAAUUUUGUGUCCAAAUCAGUCCAGGCAUUCGUUCUGAAAUGGGGCAUUACUCUAAUACACGGCAUUCCGUAUAAUAGCACAGGGCAAGCCAUAGUCGAACGAGCAAACCAAACGCUGAAAUCUAAAUUAGAGGUAUUAGCAAAAACGGAAGGUUUUGCCAACGCCGUUCCCCUGGGAGACCAAGCACGCCUGCUAGCGACCGCUCUUCUAGCGCUAAAUCAGUUCCCCAGGGGGGAAGAGAUGAAUAGCCCCAUCCAAAAACAUUGGGCCACUCGAGUGCUAGAAGAAGGCCCAUCGGUCAUAGUCAGAAAUGAGCUGGGAGAAUGGGAACAAGGGUGGAAAUUAGUUCUGACAGGGCGAGGAUAUGCUGCAGUCAGGAAAGAUGGCAGAGUCAAAUGGUGUCCACUUAAGUCCAUUAAACCAGACCUCCAGAAUAAAACUAGUGAAAACUGA